GAAAGGUAAAGAAGAGAUACAGAGAGAGGAGAUGGAGAGGGGAGGAGCGGGAAGAGGCAAGCAGGGGGUUCGAAAGUGCCCAAGGGGUCAUGUGACUACGGGGAGGGUCCUACUUCCUGCUUCUCAGCCCCUCUUCCUGGUUCCCCGUAAAGGGGGAGGAAGUGGGCGGAGUCGAGCCUGGGAGAGGGAGGGAUAUAUCAUGCCUGGGGAGAGCGAGAGAGGCAGGCCCCCGGUUCAUUCACACACAGACGCACAGAGGGACGCACGCACACAGCAGGUAGAAGCAGCUGUCUCUCUCCGGCUUUGCUACGUACCGCGCUGUAGCGCUCCACAGCUCUCUGCUGUUCUGGGUUCUACUCCUGGUUCUGCUGUUCUGACGUUCCGGCUCUUUGUUUACACCACGUUUUUUUUUUGGGUGUUCUUCAGAUUUUGGAGAACUUUUCCUCUCCUGAGGACUGGACUGGAAACCAGGACACACAUCUGUUAGCCCCUGCACAAUGCCGGUGGAGACCCUGUUCCCGUCGUCGGGGGGCGUGUCCUCCAUGCCCUUCCGCCUCCUCAACAAAGGCCCCGCCUACUUCCGGCGCCCGCUGGCGGAGCCCGGCUCGCGGCGCCUGAGCGCCGUGGAGCGGCUGGAGGCGGACAAGGCCAAGUACGUCAAGAGCCAGCAGGUGGUGCUGACGCGGCAGGCGCCCGUCAAGCCCCCCCACUGCGGCUCCGCCCUCAACAACACCGCCGGCGACUCCCCCAAGACCCCCAUCAUCCGCAAGCCCCUGCUCACGCCCGCCAUGCGCGGCCAGAUAGCCACGCCCCCGGCCCGCAAGCUCCCACGCCGACCAAUCACGGCGGAGACGGGAGUGGGAGGAGGAGGAGGAGGAGGGAAUGUGGGCGGGACGGGCGGGAGGAGAGGCCCCGCCCUCAACCUGGAGAUCCUCAACAACCUCAUCAACAACGUCAGCGACGUCGGCCACGCCCCCGUCACCGCCGUCCCCACCUGCCGCUCCUCCCUCCCCUCCUGCUCCUCGUCCUCCUCCGCCUCCUCCUCCUCCUCGCCCUCCCCGUCGGGCUCCUCCCCCUCCCCGUCAGGCUCCUCCCCCUCGUCGGGCACCAAGAGCAUCGGCAGCAGCCUGUCAGCGGAGCCCCACCUCCUGCUGCUCAACAACCUCAAGGCCAUCAACACCACCUCCUCCUCCACCUCCUCCUCCAAGCCCCUCAACACCACCUCCUCCACCUCCUCCUCCAAGCCCCUCAACACCUCCUCCUCCACCUCCUCCUCCAAGCCCCUCAACACCACCUCCUCCACCUCCUCCUCCAAGCCCCUCAACACCUCCUCCUCCCUCUCCUCCUCCUCCACCUCCUCCCCGCUCGACAACAGAAACAACGACAGCCAGCAGCCCCCCCCAGUCCCCGUGCGGGCCCCCCGCGUGGCCACCCCGCCCUACCCCCACCCCCACCCCCACCCCAUGGCGGUGCGGCGCGUCGACGUGCGUCCGCCCGCCGCCCUCCGGACCUUCCCCCCCCGCCCGGCCCUCCUCCUCAAGCCCCUCCUCCCCCUGCGGCAGACCGCCCAGCCCCAGGCCCCGCCCACCCUGCCGCCCCCCCCGCCCCCACCACACCGGACGUCCUCCGCCUCCUCCUCCACCUCGCCCUCGUCCCGCCUGGGGGCCCCGCCCCCGCCUUACCCGCCGCCGUCGCCCGCCUUCACGCGGCUCUCCAACGCCAGCUCGUCGCGGAAGCCGCCGGCGCCGGCGCUCCACCGCUCCAAGUCGGACCUGAGCGACCGCUACUCGCGCGCCACGGCCGACCUGGAGCGCUUCUUCAACUACUGCGGGCUGGACCGCGGCGAGGUGGAGGCGCUGGGCGGCGUGGAGCGCUUCGGCCGCGCCAACUCCGACAUCGUGUCCGUGUCCAAGCUGCGCAGCGUCAGCACGCCCAGCUCCGAGUGCGAGGGCGAGGGCGGGGGCGAGGGGGGCGGCGGCGGCGGCGGCGGCGGGGAGGGGCCGGGCGUGGAGCGGGCGCCGUACGGGAUCUCGGUGAUCGAGAGGAACGCCCGCGUCAUCAAGUGGCUCUACGGCAUCCGCCAGGCCCGGGACGCGGCGCACGCCGUCUCCAACGUGUAGACCGGGGGGGGAGACGGGGGGGGGGGGGCGCGAAAGGGGGGAGGGAGAAGGGUGAGGACCAAAGACAUGGACUUGGAUCCAUGAGAGACUGGCUGGACCGGAACAGAGACCGGACCGGAUCAGAGACCGGUACGGAGACUGGAGACCGGAUCAGAUACCGGAACAGAGACCGGACCAGAUCAGAGACCGGACCGGAUCAGACACCUGACUGGACCAGAUCAGCGACCGGAGACCAGAGACUGGACCGGAUUAGCAACUGGACCGGACCGGAACAGAGAACCGGACCGGACCGGAAUCCGGACCCGUCUGCUCCGUUCAAACCAAUCAUAUUUAUUUACGAAGCUGGAGAGACUCUUGAGGGCCCCGGACCUUGGGAUAUAAUAUAUACACACGGUUUAAAUGUAUAUAUAUAUCCACACAUCUAUAUUUUUGUCUUUGUAUGCGUGGGUCGGCAGAGCGGCGGUGCGUGACAUCACGGCCAACGAGGCAGGCCAUUGGCCGAGGAUGGACACUCUUUGUUUACCUCCGGACGGCUACUCUGUGAGGACAAAAAGGACACUUUUUUUUACAUUUUACUAGACGUAUACGAGUAUUGAAGUACAAAAGCAAUAAUAGACGGAUGACGAUGAUGUUGCGGGUGAUGAUGAUGAUGAAGUAGUUGUACUUUUUGUAGUCCCUGAUGUCAUGGUACUGUGUGUGUGUGUGUGUUUGUGUGCAUGGAAGUAUAUGUGUGUGUGCGUGUAUGUGUGUUUGUGUGCAUGGAAGUAAAAGAGAAAUUCACAUCUAAGCUAUAAACGAUGCAUGAAGACAACACAACUCGCCAUUUUUACAUAGAGAGACAUUAUACUGUGAAAACACGCACACAAACACACACACUCGCAGACACACACACACACACACACACACACACACACACAGCCGUUGCGUGGGUCUUACGGCUGUAAGACUGUUGUGUGAACUUCUGUCGGCAUGCAAACCAAGAGUUUGUUGGUUUACGCACACAUUCACAUUUUCAUCUCAACAAAGAGCACAGUAGCAAUGAAUCACUGCCUAUCACACAACACACUCGCGCACACACACACACACCACACACAGUUUGGUGUGAUUCCAGGGCAGUGGGUUGGAUGAGCUGGAUGAGAAUGGGCGAUCACAUGACCAGGUCACAUGACCCGGUCCAUGAGGUGUGUGCGUCGGCGUGUGUGUGACUAAGAACGAGGAGGAGGAGGAGCUUUCAGAACACUUCUCAGGAACACGUUUGAAGACUGACUCCUAUUUUAUUUAUUUUAAAGAAGCAAUAAAGUUUGUUGUUUUUUUCUGAAAACGGUAUGGUUGUGUGUGCAGAAGUGGAUCUCGUUGUUUUCCGUCUCCUGUGGACAAAACGCCCAAAGUGUAAACGGCACUGACGGAAAAAAACUGGAAUUGCGAACACAAUAAAGGCACCAGUCACAGCUUG